GCCGUAGUAGUCCGCCGACGUUCAACCGCCGGUGCAGAUUUUUCGUUGCAACCGACAAUCCAGCACGCUUAUAUUCUCUUUCAAAUCCUUAGCUUCUCAUUGCAUCCAGAGAAAUAUAAAUUUCUUGUAAAAGUCCAAACCCUACAUUUUUGCUUCUGGAUUUUUUCUUUUGCUCGUCACUUCAUCGACUGGGCUCCCAUCGAUAAAGAUAGAAAUAUACCGGAUUUUAUGCUCUAGGAUAAGUUCAGGUAUCAAGAAAAUUGUCCGAGUUUGAUUGCUGGUCGAGUUCGAGUUUGAGCCGAGCCUAUUCAAGUCGAGUGUUGACCGAGUCGAUCUCGAGUAGCUCGCGAGUUAUCUCGUAUCGUUUACACCCCUACCUGUUACUACUUAAUGGUCCCUUCUUUAUCCCACCUUCUGCAAAUAAGGUUUGCACCUUGCAACGCUUUUUCUUGGCCCUCAGAAUAAAGCGAUAAUUUGGAGCCGGGUUGUUGCAACAUUUUGGGCCAAGGGCAUUCGACGGUAGUUAUGGUUAUGGAUGUGGGACACUGCUACUUAGAUGGAAAUGCCGACGUUGUUGAGUUUUGUCCGCACAAUUCUUUUCACCAUGUCCUAGCUGCUUCGACUUAUACGCUGCAAGAGGGUGAUUGUCCGAGUAGGUCAGGGAGCAUUUCUCUUUUUAAUGUUGACUUGGGGCGAGUCGAGUUGUUUUAUAGGUUGAAGACAGCUGGGAUCUUUGAUAUGAAAUGGAGCCCAGUGGGAGGCGAUGCAACAAGUCCAUUGCUUGCUCAAGCUGAUGCUGAAGGUUGCUUGAGGGUUCAUCAUUUAGAAAGCUCUGAUGAUGGAGAAGCUCUGAAAGAGGUAAAUAAUGAAAAAGUCAGCUCCUCCAUGAGCCUGUGUUUAGACUGGAACCCUUCGGCGACAUCCAUCUCAGUAGGCCUUUCAGAUGGUUCAGUCUCUAUAAUCUCUCUUCAGGAGGCCAAAACAAGCAUACUACAAGAAUGGAAAGCACAUGACUUUGAGGUUUGGGCUACUUCUUUCGAUCCAGACCAACCGCAUCUGGUCUACACUGGUUCAGAUGAUUGCAAAUUUAAGGGCUGGGAUUUACGAAAUGGUCCAUCUAAAUUGGCAUUCCAGAAUUCAAAAGACCAUCAGAUGGGUGUUUGUUGUAUUGCAAAAUCUCCCCAUAAUUCUCACACUCUAUUUACCGGAAGCUAUGAUGAACAUUUAAGGAUAUGGGAUGUCAGAUCAAUUGCAAGGCCUGUAAAUGAAACAUCAAUCAGUUUAGGUGGUGGGGUUUGGAGGCUCAAGAACCAUUCUGUUGUGCCAGGCUUGAUCCUGGCAGCUUGUAUGCACAAUGGAUUUGCCAUUGUUAAGGUCGAUGGAAAUGAAGUCAAAGUGGUUGAAACAUACAAUAAGCACACAUCCCUUGCUUAUGGAGCAGAUUGGUAUAGAGGGAGUAUAUGCCAAGAAGACAAAAAGGAGAAAACUAUCGUUGCUACCUGCUCGUUCUAUGAUCAGCUCCUUCGAGUUUGGGUGCCAGAAAGUUAUAUAAUUUAGUACAAGUUUCAUAUUCUGUGAGGUAAUCUUAUCUGAUAUCUGUAGCGCUAUAUUUACAUACUGAAUUCAUCAUGUUAAGAUCCAUAAUUUUCUCAAUUUAGAAUAUUUGAGCA